CACACAACACGGGCGCCACACAAUAGAAAACCGAGAACAAUAGCCACGCUCAGGCGCUCUUCUUAUAAUUUAUCUUUCAUUUGCAGCAUUUGCACUGUAAUUAGCACAGAUACACCGGUGGAUAUUAGCUACCGCAGAAGGUUAUAUCUCCUCAGAACAAAACGUUUCCAGUCACAAUUUGCUAUUUUGCAUGUUUUGAAGCCCCGGGGGAAGAGCACGGUGUGAGACGUGCAACACAGAGCAAGAAACGAGGAGAGAGAGAGAUAGAGGCACACACAGAGAGAGAGAGGGAGAGAGAGGGGGUCAGAGAAAGGAGUAGCCAAGUGAAUGGGCACGAUUCAGUAUUGCGUCCCUGAAUUUAUCGCUAUCGAUCAGUUUGGCAAUCAUCGUCCCGGAGGCGCUUAGACAGCCAGCGGGCAGCAGGACGGGAGGCCAGCCUGCGAGCGAGCCGACGCGCUGUGGCUAACAACAUGGGACGCAUGUGAACGAGCCUCACACGGGGAGAGCCGCUGGCAGGGAGAAAGAAACAAGGAAGCGGACGGCUAGCUGGCUAAAACCAGAGCUAACGUUGGCUAACUGUUGGCUAAUAUUAUUUCUAAUGAGCGACCAAGGAGUAUGCGACCCGAUACGAAGAGCUGACUUAUUUGGGGAUGUCGGGCAGUAAGGCGCUGGGCGGGGGGGCAGGCGGGGGGGCGAGGCGCAGGAGGACGCGGUGCCGGCGCUGCCAGGCCUGCAUGCGGACCGAGUGCGGCGAGUGUCACUUCUGUAAGGACAUGAAGAAGUUCGGAGGGCCCGGCCGGAUGAAGCAGUCCUGCCUCCUGAGACAGUGCACAGCGCCGGUGUUGCCCCACACGGCGGUGUGCUUUGCGUGCGGCGAGGCAGGAAAGGAGGACACGGUGAACUCGGAGGAGGAGAAGUUCAGCCUCUCCCUCAUGGAGUGCACCAUCUGCAACGAAAUCAUCCACCCCAGCUGCCUCAAGAUGGGUAAAGCAGAGGGCAUCAUCAACGAUGAGAUCCCAAACUGCUGGGAGUGUCCCAAGUGCCACAAGGAAGGCAAAACCAGUAAGGACCAGGCGGACGGGUCAGGGAAGCGCCGGCUGGACAACGGGGAGGUGGGCCGCUGGAAGCUGACCGAUGACCCGCCCUUCAAGAGGAAAGCCGCGCCCCCGCUGGAGGACGGAGGGCGGACGGAGGGAGGGCACAAAAGGAAGAAGGAGAAGGAGCUGCCUCAGGACAGUGGGCCCAAGAAGAAGAUGAAGGGGGCCCAUGAAAAGCGCCUCAAAAAGAAGCCCAAACAGGAGACGUCAGAGUCAAACGGCCCCAACUCCACCGGCGGCGGCGGGGGAGGCGGCGGAGGGGGGCAGGGCUCCUCCUCGUCGUCCUCCUCCUCUUCGUCCCAGGCCGGAGGCGGCGGCGGUGCCGGAGGCGCGGGGGGGACGUCGAGCGCCGACCAGCGCUCCCACCACCGCGAGAAGCUGGAGCGCUUCAAGAGGAUGUGCCAGCUGCUGGAGCGGCUGCCCGAGUCGUCCUCCUCCAGCUCCUCCAGCUCCGAGUCCGACUCCGAGUCCGACUCGGACGACUCCUCGCGGGAGCCGGGGGGAGGAGGCGGAGGAGGAGGGGGGUCCUCCCCGUCGUCCUCCUCCCCGGCCCCGCCCCCUCCCGUCGUUUACGGCAACAGCAGCGGGGGCAGCCGGGCGGAGCGCGAGAGGAGCCGCAGCGAGCGGGAGAGGGAGCGGGAGAGGGAGCGGCGGCUGGCCGAGCUGGGCUUCAGUGCCAGCGAGGAGUCGGAGGGGGAGGGGGGCAGGGGGGACGAGGAGGACAGGGAGCGGGAGGAGGAGCAAGGAGGAGGUGCGGGGGACAAGGCACGGCGGCGAGGAGUCGCAGACGGGGGGCUGCAGCAGCGGGGUAGGAAAGGAGGGCUGAUGGACGGAGACGAUGAGGAGACGCCGGACAGGACCAGGAAGAACUCCUCCUCGUUGCCCCCGCCCUCCCCCAUCCCGUCCAAUCAGACGCCUCCGUCCUCGGGACACUCUGACGGCUUCACAGGGAAGCAGCGCAGCAACGGGCAGGAGGCGCGCAACGGACGGACUCGGGGAGGUGCGGGAGGGGUCGGUGGCGGGGGAGGAGGAAGAGAGGCCGGGGAGAAGGAGAACGCAAGCGGCGUGUUGUCCAAUCACAGACACGGCGGCGGAGGAGGCGGGACCAAGGGCAGCGGGAGCCGCGGCAACAAGAUCCGCAGCAACAGCAAGAGCCAGACGUCCGCCGGCUCGCGCAACAACAACAGCCUCAGCCUCUCCUCCUCGUCCUCGUCCUCCUCUUCCUCGUCCAUCCCCACUUCCAACGGCGGAGGGGGCGGCCCGGGGGGAGGCGGGCUCCUGAUGUCAGCCAUGGCGGCGUCGCCCCGCUCGCAGCCGUCCCGCCUCGCCCCGCGCUCGCAGAUGAUGAAGCGCAGCCCGCCCGCCGUGCCCUCGCCGCCGCGGCCCGUCCAGAUGGAGAGACACUUAGUCCGUCCGCCGCCGGCGUGUCCCGAGCCCAGCUGCCUGCCACUGGACUCGGGCUCCUCCCACAUCAUGACCCGGGACGUGUGGCUACGGGUGUUCCAGUACCUCAGCCAGAGGGAGCUGUGCGUCUGCAUGAGGGUCUGCCGCACGUGGAGCCGCUGGUGCUGCGACAAGAGGCUGUGGACUCAGAUUGACCUGAGCCGGCAGCGCUCCAUCACCCCCCCGAUGCUGAGCGGGAUCAUCCGCCGGCAGCCCGUCUCCCUCAACCUCGGCUACACCAACAUCUCCAAGAAACAGCUCAUGUGGCUCAUCAACCGCCUACAAGGUCUGCUGGAGCUGAACGUGUCCGGCUGUCCGUGGUCGUCGGUCUCGGCUCUGUGUCAGGCCGUCUGUCCCUGUCUGCGGCUGCUGGACCUCAGCAGGGUGGAGGAGCUCAAAGACUCCCAUCUGAGAGAGCUGCUAGCGCCCCCCGCUGACACCAGGACAGCGCACGGAGAGACCAGGGGCGGGCGCUUCCAGAACGUGACGGAGCUGCGAUUGGCCGGCCUGGACCUGACGGACGCGUCGUCGCGCCUGCUGGUGCGCUACGUGCCUCACCUCGCCAAGCUGGACCUGAGUCAGUGUGCAAACAUCACCGACCAGACGGUGCACACGCUGACCUCGCCAAUCUCCCCGCUGAGAGAGAGCCUCACACACAUCAACCUGGCAGGCUGUGUUAAGGUGACGGAGCAGUGUGUGCCGUUGCUGCGUCGCUGUGCCUCCCUGCAGACGGUGGACCUGCGCUCCUGCUCGCUUCUCUCCUCCGAGAGCGGACAGCUCCUCUCCUUCCCGCCGCACGCCUCCUCUUCUUCCUCCUCCUCCUCCUCCUCUGCCACCUCCUCCUCCUCUUCCUCCACCACCACCACCACCACAGUGGCUCCCUCCUCCUCCUCUUCCUCCUCGUCCUCUUCCUCUUGCCCUCCCGACGACAGAACGCUGCUGAAGAACAGCUAAGGCGCCCCGCUGAUUCCGACGUAUGUUGUGAUGUCACGUGGCGCCCGGCACGCCGACAGCCAGGCCUCAAACGCCCCCCCGCCCCUCGCCAUUCCAGCCUAGACCCCCCCACCACCACCACCACCCUGCCUCGCCCAGCCCAACUGCCUCCCACCCCCAUUACACUACAGAGAUGGAGGUGGGGGCAGCAACCAAGACAGUCGGGGAGAAAUAUUGAGGAAGACGAGGGGGCAGAACAGACCUUUGCAACAUUUCUCUUGACUUUGGAUUUUUUUUUUUUUUCUUUUUCUUUUCUUUUUUUUCCUGGUUUGUUUGUGAGAAAAAUGUACGGACAAUAACCACAGAAAAAGAGGAGGAGGAGGAGGAGGAAGAGGACAUAUUUUGGGAAAAGCAAAGUUGUCGGACAUAGUUUAAACAAAAACUAAACAAAAAUACCCUGAGCAUGUACAUAUUUGUUCUCUGUACAAUUUGGGUGUGUGUAUAUAUCUGUAGUUUACUGUAAAUGACCCUUCCUUAACCUUUGAACACCCCUCCCCCGGCCUCUACUUCCUUCCUUCCUUCCUUCCUUCCUUCCUUCCUUCCUUCUUUCCUUCUACCCAAAAAACCAAUCACCUAUGCCAGGCCAUCCACCUGCUAAUCAAAAGCCACAGAGCCAGGAAAUGGGGAAAAAGCAGUAUUUCAUAGUUUUCCAAAUGCGUCACUGGGAGCCAGUUGUUUUGUCCAGCAGCCCAAAGCGUAAACUCCAUGCACCCACCCUUUGCUUACACACUCCUGCGGGGUCGCAUUCGCAGUUUUCCCAGUCAAACGGUUCAGCUUUGUAACUGUCUAUCCAGUGUUGGAAGGGAUAUUUCAGCUUCGGCGCAGCAUCGUUGACAUUCAAACGGCCUCUUCUGAGGCUGCAAUAGUUGAAACAGUGCCGUAAAAAGUAUAAGGAAAGUGAAAUAUCCCUUUACUUUCAGCUGACCUCAAUCCAGAAGCAAUCCAGCCGGGCUCCAUCACGCACUCCUGAACUAAACUUUGUCCGUUUUGCCGCCGACCUUGGCCAGGGUUGUGCACAAUGCUUUGAUGCUAUCAUGCUGUUUUAUAAUAUUUACGGCCCGAAACAAAGCAGCAGGUAGUGUUGGGGCCGUUUUAAUAAGUGGAUUAAAAAGCUCCCCAUGAUCUAUAAAGAAAUAAACUGUCAGACGUGGAAAUUGUCAUACAAGGCAAGAAGAUGCAACGGACAAAUGGAUCUUUGCACGCGGGUUAAUGCUCCCUUAGUGAUUUAUUCGUCCUUUACUGAUUUCAGGAAUGUGCAGCAGAUACGACUGUCACAUUGAUUAAAUUUAUGUAGAAAUAUUAAACACUAAGGAGCUUUAAUCUGAAGUGCAGGUAUCUUUUUGUAGGUUUCAAUUUCUAACAACAAAUGAGAGAACGAUCGCGUCUCGGUUGGGUCGCUCCUCGGUGCCGUUUCCACAUCCAUGUGUGUGUCACCGACGGCGCCGACCUUCAGCCGGUUAUCAGCCGGUCGUUUUCUCUCUUCUGCCUUGGAGAGCGUGGGAAGCUGCCACCUGCCACCACAGCCAGAUGCCGGAGAACAAAAUUUUGGCUGUGGCUUCUCUGCCACUCUGGCAAAUUUGGCCAUCAUUCGACCAAUUAUCGCUCGGUUCUUUUUCCUUUUAAGUUGCCGAGAAAUAGCUGAAGAUGGCGGUGUGUUUUUCAGUGGGUCAGCUGCAUUGCCGGGUGGAUUGUAUAAAAAAAAAAAAUGAACAAAAAAAAAUUGAGUUUCCUGCCCUGGUGUCGUGAUCCUGCUAUAUUAUCUCAACCGGCUGCUAUUUCUGUCCUAAUAAGCUUCUGGUAUUGUCGCAACCCUCACCAGGACAGCAAGGCCAAGGUACCCGGGCAACUCCGAGGCAGUGGGGAUGGACAAUAUUGCCUGCAGCUGGCAUCUUGAGGGAAUUGGCAUCAGGCUCAAAAGAAAUGUAAAUAGUACAGCAGACCUUUAUAGAACAAAAAGUAUUGUGGAAAAGUCACGGUGGGCAUAGUUGUCGGCAAAAUUGCCCAUCAGAUAUUUACCCAUGUGUCACACGGUCUAACAGAGUAGCACAAACGCCAGCGCGAGCCGCCUCGAUGAAGAGCCGCCGCCGCCGCCUCGCUCCUUCACACCGCGAGGGAAGACCGAGAGAAACCCGUCGGCCCGAGUCCAAUCAGUUUUCGGCGCCGAGAGGUUUCCGGCGCCAAAGCUCCGCCUUCCGCUGCGGUAGACCAGCUCUUAUGGAGUGUUUAGCACUUUGUAGAUCUGAAACCUGGAUGUGAGUUAACAGUUUUGAGCCGUGGGGGUCCCCUGGCCAGAUUUCCAAUGUUUUGUUUUUUUGUUUUUUUUUUCUCCCAGUUUCUCGGUAGUAUCCUGUGAUUAAGCCUGAGAGAGAGUUUGCUCCGACGUUAAUUAGACCCCAUUAACAUUUCAGCCGCAACAUCAUCAGCUGCUGCUACUAAAGCUACAGCGACUGUUGGAAUAAUGACACAUCAUUACAUCGGACAAGUUCACUGACAUUAUCAGCCCGGCUCAGCUCUACAGGUGCAUCUCCUGUUUCUUCAUCCUUCUGUUAAACUUACACUCACUUUUGACCGCAGAAAUUCAACCUGUAGAACCAGCUCGGGCCUCUGUCGGCCUCUGGUUCACGACCAAUCGGGAUCGAGUUUCCGGGUGGUUCACGGCUGUGGGGUUCACUGAUGUCACUGCAUCGGCAGAAGAGUUUGAUUGACUUUAUUGAAACUUCCAUCAUGACAUCUGUCUGUUUGGUGCAUUUCUGUAUUACACCAUCCGGAAAUAUUCUGAUUUGGCACGAACCACAGGACCGCGGCACGUCUGAUCACUCAGUUUCUGUUGUUUUGACGCAGACUUGUCCUCCUCGGUUGCUUAAAGCAGAGAUAGCGAGCUGCUUGAACAUGGAAGGAGAAGUUAUUAUGGUUUUAGCUCAAAACUGGAAACUUGGAAACGACCAGGUUCGUUUUUGUUUGCGACCGCUUGUCCCUCUUACGUUUUUUUGAACACAUAAUCCAUUAGAAAUCUGCCAAGGGAACCCACGGUCAAACAACUUCUGGGUUGUGCCUACAAAAACCCGUCACGAGGACGCUCCGUUCAGUGUUAGGACAGUCGCGGAGAUGCAGUUUCUCGCGGCGAACGCCGAGUCGGAGUGCAGCUCUUCACUGGCCGGCGAACCGAUCCAACACCCCUACUGCUUUAGCUCGCUAGCUGUCCGAACUGGAGGCAUAAUGAAUGUACCUACCCACCACUUUAGAAGCUGUGUGUACCCUACCGCUCCCCCCCCCCAACACACACACAUGCUGGGCUGGAGUGUGCGUAUGUGUGCGAGUGUGUGUGUGUGUGUGUGAUGUAAAACAGUGGGGUGAUGAAACACCAGUGGUGGAUCCGUCCACCAGACCACGAAGCUUUCAGUCUGCAAUAAAAUACAGGCAAUACGACUAAAGGGUCAGCUCAGUGUGGAGCCACGGGAGAAAAAGCAAUUCAAGCGGAGCCGCAGUGAAGUGUUCAAACCUCCGGCGCUCAGCCAAUGGGAAGAGAUCAAGAGGUCGAGCCCCCGUUUCCCCCCGCCACACUUCUCCUCCAGCCUCAUCGCCUGCCAUUCCUUCUUAUUUCUUUCAUCCUCACUUCAUCUCAACAUGCCAUUCUGUCUUUUUUUAUUUUAUUUUUUUCUGUCCCAUGCCAGCCAACUUGAAAUGUGACCGCAAAACUCGCUCUGGGUAUUUUUUUUUUUUCUUUUUUUCCCCCCCAAGUCUUCUUCCUGGUUAAGUUUGUCUUUGUUCGGCUUUGGGUCAAACACACAGGAGCGUGAAAAACUGAGGAACUCGUUUUGUCGGUGGUCGGGUGCGGCGGGCUCUGGACCAGGAACGCAGUCGGGUUCCAGUCCCUCCAGCUCUCCGUGACCCAAACAGCAGUGUUUACUGUCAGGCUUUGUGUUGUCACAGGCACGAUCCGAAUGUCCGCCAGCGGAAACCCAAACCGUCUCCAGAAAUACGUGGAUGAUGGAUCGACUUUUGCGCGUGCAGUUGCAGCUCCAUUUCAAGCAAACGCGAUCGAGAUGAUCUCGGUUUUCCCGGACAGUUUCGGUAACCACGGCUGUCCAAAAACAAAAAACAAAACACAAAAAAAAAAACAGUAUUGGACAUUUCUGAGUAAGAUAUUUUCAGAACUGCAUGUGAGGAGCUAUAAUCUCAAAACAGUAUCUAUCUAGUUUGGGGAAGAAAAAAAGCUUAACUCGAUGUUCAUCGCAAAUUCCAGAGGACCCAGCCUGUAAAAUUGUCUGCGUCUUGUCAGCAACAGGUUACUGAGAAUAACUUUAAUCUUCCCCAAUCAACCGUCUUCGAAGAUAUCCAAACUCUCGGCGCAGUACAACAGCAGUCCUGGUGCUGGACGUUAACAGCCUGCGGUCGCUAAAUCCUGGCAAACCUCUUGUUCUGAGUAGCUCUUCUAGGUAAACCUCUAUCAUCCCGAGGUUGUUUUGCACUCCAGACUGCAGGUUUAGUGGGUCCGAUUGUGAGACGGAGAGGUUAACUGUGGAUUUUACCCCCGACUGUGGCUGCAGGACGCAGGACGUGGACUUCCUGCCCUGCUCCUUUUUAGAAAUCGGUUCCUCUGACUAACCCGAGAGCCGCUGUUCGGCGUCUCUCCGAGCUAAUUCACACGAGUUGUUGACAGUAUUUGUGUAGACAGCACUUUGCUUUGGUUAAGGUGAACUCUGGGUUGGUGUCAGGCCGAGGUGUGUGUGUGUGUGUGUGUGUGUGUCAUCAGACCAACAGCUCCGGGUGUGUUGGUGCCUGAGCCUCAAUGUCUUCGAUGUUCGCCUCAUUCGCAGAUCUGUCUCCUCCCCCCUUUUCUUUCUUUUUUUUUUUUUUUUUUUUUUUUUGUCCGUAUCUCCUCUCGUAUCUCAUCGCUCCUCUCCAGUCCCCGCCUGCCUUCACGCUCACAGCUCCGAUCAGAUCACGUUUCCAGCCAUGUUUUUCGGGAUGCAAUUAAUCGUGUUUUUCUCAGGAGUACCGCGUUGUGCAGACAAGAAGCAAGAUCUGUGCUUGUUUUCUUCUGUAACAGAGACAUUCCUGUUUUUGUUUUUUUUUAUUAUUAUUUUAUUUUAUUUUUACACAGAAAUAGAACACAUCCUCAUCAGGUUUUUUUGUUUUGUUUUUUUUUUUUUUUAAGGUUGCAUUACACUCCCAUCCAUUUCAAUGGAUAUAUUACUGUUUUUCUUUUUUACUUUAUGAGCAUUAUUUCCUUUUUUUUGCAUUGUUGUGAUCACAUCCUGUCAUGUUAAGUUGUUCUGUGGAAUCAUUUUUUUUUUUUUUUUUUUUUUUUUUUACUGUUUCGACUGCAAUGAAAAGCUCAGGGGCCUCACUUAUGAAAAAAGUCCUUUGACCACACCUUGAAUGCCAUUGUACGAUCAUUAGGAAAGGUUCGAUCAAAAACAAUCAAAUUAAUACCAAUGCCUUUUAUUAAGUAUAUUAAGCUAAAAAAAAAAAAAAAAAAAAAAAAAAAAAAACUGGGAAAUCAGCGCUACCCACCAGUUUUGGCAUUAUGUAUUUUUUUUGUGAGUCACAACUUUGGUUCACAUUUGGUCAUUAACACAAAACGAGUGCCAGAACCUUUCUUCAAUGACGCCCUGAUUUUCUUUGACAUGCUGGGAAACUACAAAAAA